GUGGGCGGAUUCCAGAUGGGGCGCUGGCUCGGUUGGAUCCCGGCGACGUACCCCUGUAAAUCAGCAUGGUCAUUCGCUCGUACCGCUGACGCAUCUGGAGAGCUUGGUGGUGGGCCUCGCUCGCCCUCACAUGCGGCUGCUCGUUGUGCGGCAGCCGGGUACGCCCAGCUGGCGCGCGGUGGAUACCUUGCCAGCGGCGUUGCGUGGGCAUACGCUCGCCUUUCCAAACGACGUGCCCAGCGAGCUCCAGCGUGUUGUGCUGUACGCUCCAGAGGAUCUGCCGUCCUUCAUUCAGGUCGUGCUAAUUGAUGCUGUCAAAGAUCGUGCCGACCUUGAGGCCAAAGUGCGGCAGGCACCAUGCUUGGAGAUGCGGGGCCUGGCUAUCGCUGCAUGGGCGGAGUGGGCCGUUCACGUGAAUCCAAUGGCUCAGGUGGACCACGCUGCACUUCAGCAGUAUCGCGCUCUGGGUGCGAAGCCGACGGUGCCAGAGCCGUUAGUGGCGCACGCGGUGGCUACAGAUGACCCAGACACGGCAGCGGUCAUGCGCGCUGCAUUUGAAGGGGAUUGUGCCGGCAACGCUCAGGAUGAUGUGGAAGCGGCGACGGAGGGCGCGAAUGCAGCAGGCGAGGGGCCUACCUUUUCCAUCUGCAACGCAAUGGUCCGAACGUGCGCAUGAGCAGGGAAGCUUGAUUUGACUCAUCCUUGUUACCAGUUGUACGUCUGACGUCGCCUGGGACCGUACAUUUGUAGGUGGUCGAUCGCCUGGUCCGGAUGCUGGUCAGGAGCCAGCGCCGUCUGGUCAUACGCCAAAUAUCCCGGUGACAGGCGUCUUCGCUUGGCCGUCGCCCAAGACUGGAGACAAUUGAACCCGGUUGCACGCUUGGCAGAGAAUACCUGCCGGCCGAUUGUACGGAGAUUGACUCCUUAUAACAGCAACAUACCGCCCAUACAUUUGUCGUCUCCUCCCGUUCCACACCACAUACCCAACCUAACUUUCAGCUUACAUAACUCGCUUCCCUUACCGAGCUACGGGUCGCUCCCGCCGAAGGCGGGCCUUAAUUGUGAUUACCGAUGGGUUGGGCUGCGAGGCAGAAUGGAAC